AUUGCGGAAGUGGUUACGUUUAAUCAUGGCGCCCUCCUGUAAGCCGACAGGCAACGUGAUUCUUCGAUAAAAUGAGAAAGUUUUUCUUCUCCUAGAAAACGGAUGUCUAUACAAUUUAAAACAAAACCCACUGUAGGUGAAAACUAUCUGCACUCCGGGACCUUUUUUCUGUUCUGAGACUCUUCUGGAAGCAACACAUAGAUGGCUUCAUUCAAACCCACAAAAAUCCCCGCGUAUCCUAAACUCGGAGAAAAGGUCACACAGGACACGCUUUACUGGAGAAACUACAAGGCUCCUGUCCAGAUAAAAGAAUUUGGAGCGGUCUCAAACAUCGACUUCUCUCCUGUGGCCCCGCAUAAUUUUGCUGUAACUGCCUUUACAAGGAUCCACAUCUAUGGGCCCUUCUCCCAGGAGCCUGUCAAGGCUUUCACCCGAUUUAAGGACACCGCUUACUGCGGCCGGUUCAGGUCAGACGGCCAGCUGCUGGUGGCAGGAUGCGAAGACUCGGUUGUGCGACUGUUUGACGUCAGCGGCAAGGUGGCGCUAAGGAUGUUCAAAGGGCACACAAAGGCUGUGCAUGUCACCGACUUCACCUCAGACCGUUACCAGAUCCUCACUGGGUCCGACGACUACACCUGCAGGCUGUGGGACAUCCCAAACGCAGCGGAGCUCAACGCUUACCAGGAACACACAGACUAUAUCCGAUGUGGCGUUACCAGCAAACUCAACAGAGAUCUCUUCAUAACUGGGUCAUACGACCACACCCUGAAAGUGUUUGAUGCCAGAACGGAUAAGAGUGUGAUGACCAUGGAGCACGGGCAGCCGGUGGAGAGCCUCCUCCUUUAUCCCUCUGAGGGACUCCUCGUCUCAGCAGGCGGGCGCUACGUCAAAGUGUGGGAUCUGCUAAAAGGAGGUCAGCCUCUGGUGUCUCUGAAAAACCACCAUAAAACCGUCACCUGCCUGGCUCUGAGCAGCAACGGACAGAGACUGAUGUCGGCGUCCCUGGACAGACAUGUAAAGGUCUACAACACGACCAGCUACAAAGUGGUCCACAACUUCGACUACGCUGCUGCAAUCCUCAGUUUGGCUUUGGCUCCGGAUGAUGAGUCCAUUGUUGUGGGAAUGACCAACAGUAUUCUGAGCAUCAAGCACAGAAAACACACCGAAGAGUCAAAGGAAAUAACGAGCCAACAGAGGCGGCGGCCGUCGUAUCGCGUCUUCGUGAAAGGGAAAAAUUAUGUCCCAAAACAAGAUGAUUAUCUUGUCAGUAAGCCAGUGAAAGAACAUUUGGCCAAAUAUGACAAGCAGCUGAAGAAAUUUAAUGUAUCCAAAGCUUUGGAUACAGCCUUGGAGACGUGGUUAAGAAAGAGGCAGCCAGAGAUAACUGUGGCUGUAAUGAAGGAGCUGGACCGACGAGGAACUCUAAAGAACGCACUAGCAGGAAGAGAUGAGGAGCAGCUCUCUCAGUUACUCCACUUCGUCAUCGGAAACGUGGUGGACACCAGGUUCACCCCCGUCCUUGUGAGAGCAGCAGAGAUGAUCCUUGACAUCUACAAGUCGGUGAUCGGCCAGUCGGCGCUGAUCGACCGGCAGCUGCUGCGCCUACAGAGCUUGCUGGAGACGGAGAUCAACUUGGAGCGGGAGCUCCUCGAGGUCCUGGGAAUGUUGGACACCAUGUUUGCCACCUCCGUCGCUCGUAAGGAGGUGCCGUACUCCGACGUCGGCAGAUCUAACGGCCUGGCUAAGGGCGACGCGGGCAGCUCGAGACCAGAGCUUCAGGUCACCUGAGAUCGACUGAGAGGAAGAACUGAUUUUAGACUGGGUUAGGGUGAUUUUUAUAAAAUCUCUGUUGGAGGCAUCAGAAUGGUUUUCUGUGUAUAAACAUCACCAAACAAACGUUUUUUUUUUAAACCAGAUCUGUGUUUAGUCCCACAUUUUGUGUACUUGUGGAAGUGAGGUCUACUGGUGGGCAUUCACCUGCUGCUAUUUGUCAAAGAGCAAAGUCUUUUAUAGUUAAACAAAGAUCCCUCGACUGAGCGAGCGUUCGUUUCAAGUCUCCUUGAAUGAAAUUGGAGCAUUGAAACGUAAUGCAGGAGACGGCUCAAAGUUCAAUGAGAUUUCUCUGUAAUGUCCAGGACCAAUUUCAUUACAGAAAACUGUUUUACCUGUGCAACUGCAUAAUUGAAACUAAAAUGGUAGCGUUGUUAGCUUACGCAUCAAAAUGCUUUUGGACAAACUCAUACAGAACAAUCUAAACAUGCAAAAGCCUGAGGCAUCUGCAGGCUGAUCACAGCUGCUUUGAGUGGUUAUACGUUUUAAUCGGCUACUUUAUUCUACUGUGAAAGAUGUCACAAAAUGGGUUUUUUUCCAGACUAACUGGAAUAUGAAAAUCUUUCCUUUGUGAAAUAAAAGCCUCUAGAAAAGGGUGUAGGAUCAAAAACAGCAUAUAGUUAGCAGAUUAGUUUUAUGCCCUUUGUUUAACAAGAAAACAACUAAACUUUGUUUAGUUUGUUUAAUGAGAUAUCAACCAAUCACAGCAGAGCAGGCCUCCAUUCUCCAUCUGAUCCAGUUUCAGUCCAAUCCAUCGGCUUUCUACAUGGGCCCCAAAUGAAAACAGGACCAUGCAUUUAUUAUGUGAAGACUUAUCAAAGGUGUGGAUAUAAAACAAAUCAUAUUUGUUCCAUUGAAUACUUGUAAUUAACAUUUUCAAUUGUAAAUGUGAGUGCGUGUGUCUGAAGUACUUUCACAUUGUCUGACACUCAUAAGCAGAGAAAAAUAAAUGUUUUUGGUUUU